AUGGCUCCCAAAGGUGGAAACGCAAAGAAAGAGAGUGGGAGAGCCAAGAAGGCUGAGAACGAGUCGAAAAAAAAGGAGGCAGCAGCAGCAGAAGCGGAACGUAAGGAAGCCGAAGCCUGGAAAGAUACCAAUGUGAAAGGCGGAAAGGCCAAGAAAGAAGAGCAAGAAGCUAAACGCAAAGCAGAGCUUGAGCGCAAGGCAGAGAACGCACGAUUACUUGCUGAAGAAGAAGCCGCUGUACCCAAAGUCAAAGCCGCACCCAAAGCUGGCGCCAAGAAGGCCGCUAAACCUACUCCAAAACCCGCUGGUCCCGGUGCGAUCGCUGCUGGCGGUGGAUUGGACGAUGAUGGAAAGAAGGAAUGGGAAUCGGCGGAGCCAGAGAGUUUCUCUGCGACGGGUAUCGACAAUGCCCUGGAUCUCUUGGAAGUCGUCACCGCCAAGAUGGACAAGGCAUCCGUUGGUCAGCAGGCGGCUGGUAUUGAAAGGCAUCCCGAGGUGAGUAUAUGCGCUGCCGCCUUUGAAGCUUACCAGGAACGCGAACUGCCCAAACUCAAACAAGAUCAUCCAGGGCUGCGCCUACAGCAAUACAAAGAUUUAUUGCACAAGCAGUUCCAGAAAUCACCUGAAAACCCUUUCAAUCAAACAGUGGUCGCGUAUGACGCCAGUAAGCAAGAUAAGGUGGAGGCUCUCAAGGCGAAGAAAGCCCAGGUUGAGGAGCGCCUGCGAGAAUAA